AUGCGUAGCGAGGAGAGAGCGGCGAGGGCGGGUGGCCGCUGGCUGGUGCAGCUGGCGGUUACCGGAUUGCUGGCGUGGGCCGGCCUGCAGCAGUCCGUCUCAGCAUUCAACCUGGAUACGAUCAACUUCAUCCUUCAGGAGGGCGACCCGAACUCGAUGUUCGGCUUCAGCGUGGCGCUGCACCGCGAGCAGAACAAGAGCUGGGUGAUCGUGGGCGCACCGACCGCCAACACCACGCAACCGGAUGUGAUCGAGGGAGGUGCCGUGUAUCGCUGCGACAUUUACGACGACCACCGGUGCUAUCUGGUGCCUUUCGACACGAAAGGAAACAACUUCAACGAGCAAAACGAACAAAUCGAUACCAAGUCGAACCAGUGGUUUGGCGCAACGGUGACAAGCGCUGGAGUCGAUGGCCCGCUGGUGGCGUGUGCUCCGCGGUACGUGUUCCACCAGCUUCAGCCGAGGAAGGCGGAGCGGGUCGAGCCGGUUGGCACCUGCCACAUCGCCAAGAACAACAUGCGCGAGUUUCAGGAGUAUUCCCCGUGCCGUACAGCGUACUGGGGCUAUCAUCGGCAAGGAUCAUGUCAAGCGGGUUUCAGUGCCGCCCUGAACAAGGAUGGCACGCGAGUAUUCAUCGGCGCGCCGGGCAGCUACUACUGGCAGGGACAAUUGUAUUCCAUUAACACCGACGUUGUGUUUCCCUAUAAACCCCCGCGGUAUAAUCAUUUUGGCGAAGGAGGGCAAAUCUACUCGUUCAGCCUGAACAACCCGAAGGACAAGGUGUACAAGACGCCGGAGGACCAGAAGAACGAGGACGACAGCUACCUCGGGUACUCGGCCACCACCGGCGACUUCAAUGGCGAUGGCACGCAGGGCGUGGCGGUGGGUAAGCCGCGCGGGGCCGGCCUGCUGGGCAAGGUGGUGCUGUACUCGUGGAACAUGACCAACCAGCAGAACAUCACGGGCGAGCAGAUCGGGGCGUACUUCGGGUACUCGCUGGCGUCGGUCGACGUUGACGGUGACCGGCUGGACGAUCUGAUCAUCGGCGCACCGAUGCACACCGAGCCGAACAACGAGGGCAAGUACGAGACGGGCCGGGUGUACAUCAUGUACCAGGGGUCGACGUCCGGCCGGGGCGGGAAGUUCCGCGAGCUGGACACGCGUGACGGCACCAACAGCCGGGGCCGGUUCGGGCUGGCCGUGUGCUCGCUGGCCGACCUCAACCUGGACGGCUAUGGGGACUUUGCGGUGGGCGCGCCCUACGAUGGACCGAGCGGUCGCGGCACGGUGUACGUGUUCUACGGGUCGCGGGACGGGCCGCUGCCGAAGGCGUCGCAGGUGAUCCAGGCGGAGGAUAUGCUGGGCGUCGGGCGGGUGUCCACGUUCGGCUUUUCGCUGUCCGGCGGCAUCGAUCUGGAUGGCAACCGCUACCCGGACCUGGUGGUGGGCGCGUACGACUCCGACAAGGCGCUGGUGUUCAAGGCACGGCCGGUCGCGGCCAUGGAGGCGAGCGUGCUGUUCGAGUCGGAGAACAAGCUGAUCUCGCUGGACAACCGGACGUGCGAGAUGCCGCGCGGCAGCAAGAAGAUGGUACCGUGCACGGUGGUGAACUCGUGCCUCAAGUACCACGGCGACAACGUGCCGUCGGCGCUGGACAUCGAGGUGUCGUGGACGCUGGACGCCCGCAACCAGCGCAGCCCGCGCAUGUUCUUCCACAACGAGGAGGGCCGUAGCACGCGCAACCAGUCGAUUCGGCUGCAGCGCGGCAAGCUGGAGUGCCGCAGCGAGACGGUGUACAUCGGCGAGGCGAUCCGGGACAAGAUCACGCCGCUCGAGGUGGAGAUGACGUACCGGUUGCGGCAGAGCGCGGCCGCCCAGAGCCGCCAGCGGCGCCCGCGGGCCGUCGCCGAGCCGGUGCUGGACGCGAACCGCGGCACGGUGCAGCGGGACUCGAUCAACAUCCAGAAGAACUGCGGCCCGGACAACGUGUGCGUGCCGGAUCUGCACAUGGAGAUCCGCUCGGUGGACAACUACCUGCUCGGCUCGAACAAGCUGCUCUCGCUCGAGGUGCUCAUCACCAACCACGACGAGGACGCGUUCGAGGCCGGCUUCUACAUGGUGGUGCCGCCGGGGCUCGACUUCCGGCGCGUCGACCGGCUGGGCGAGGUGAAGGACGUGCCCGUCCUCUGCACGGCCCCGUCGGCCGCCACCAACAAGACGCUCAAGUGCGACAUCGGCAACCCGCUGUCGCGCGACAAGGUCGUCAACUUCAAGGUCAUCCUAGCGCCAUCGCUGGCCGCCGGCUCGAUGGGCUCGAGCUACGACUUCUACAUGGAGGCGAACUCCACCAACGCGGAGGCGCCCGACCGCACCGGCGACAACGUGCUGCGCAAGAGCAUCGGCAUCCUGGUGCAGACGGACCUGGCCAUGUCCGGCGUGUCGCUGCCGAACGAGUUCCUCUACAACUACACCGAGUACAAGACGCUGGAGGAGGCGAGCAGCGAGCGCGACAUCGGCCAGCAGGUGGUGCACAUCUACGAGAUCCGCAACGAGGGCCCGUCCACCAUCGACGAGGCGGAGUUCUACCUGCUCUGGCCGCACGAAACCAUCGACGGCGUGCCGCUGAUGUACCUGCUCAACCAGCCGGAAACGCACGGCAACAUCCAGUGCCAGCCGACGGAGUACGUGAACCCGCGCAACCUCGCCAUCGACAGCGUGCUGGCGCGCAAGUCCUUCCUCGACAAGGUCGGCGUGUCCGGCACGAGCUACUCGUCGGCGGCGAGCCGCACCGCCAGCAUCAACAGCGUCGCGUCCGGUUCCGGCACCGCCGGCUCCAACUCGGCCUCGUACUUCUCCUCCAGCCAGUCGGCAGGCGGAGCGAGCGGCGCUGCCUCCGAGUCCCGAUACUCCUCAUCCUCCUCAUCAGGAUCAUCGUCUUCCUCCUCCUCCUCUUCCUCCUCCUCUUCCACCUCGUCGAUGGGUGCCGCCGCGUCGGAGGGUGGCCAGUUCCAUCGGGUUUCGGGCGGGGAACGACGCUACCAAACCGAAGGUGGUAGCGGCUACAAUGCGGUAAGCGGAGAGCAUGGACACUAUCGCCAGGGAGCGGGAACGAGCGGUAGUUCGAGUGGCUACCGGACACAGUAUUACGAUGCGGCCAGUUCCACCGGUGGCGCACAGCAGCAUGCCGAUGCGUCCUACGCGGGCGAACGCGGGGUAGGAGUGAGUGGUGCCUCCGGAUACGGCGCGGGUGCGCGUAACACCAGCACGUCCUCCUCGGUGGUGCACUACACCUCCAAGAACCGUACCACCUACCGGGGCGAGGAUGGACGUGUGUAUGUCAGUGAGAGCAGCGAGCACCGCACCACCAACUCGGGACCCGGUGGUCACCUGAACCUGGAUGGCACGACGCGCUACAGCCAAGGCGAGUCGUCGUCGUCGUCGGUGAUGGGAGGUGUCGGUAGCAGCGGUUCGGGGUCUUCCACACGUCGCCGCAUGUACAGUCAGCAGGAUGGCGAUGCUCUCCGGCAGUCGUCGUCGUCGUCGUCGUCGUCGUCGGGUGUGCUGGUGACAGACUUCCUGCACGUCAGCCCCAUCCAGGGCGGGCUGAGUACGAACGAUCUCGGACGGUUUGAGAACAAGAUCAAGACCGACUACUCCCAGGGUAGUAGUACGCAGCAACAGCAUCACAGCACCGCGGGUACAUCGCAAUCGAGUAGCGCUACGUUCCACGCCAGCUCGUCGGGGUCGACCUCGGCGGGGCGCGGCCAUUACAACAGCCGGGAGGAGUACGAGUCAGCGACGUACUCCAGCAACGCGUACAACGGUAUCGCCGAUGAGAAUGAGGAUGAAGACUACGACACGUACGAUCACCCGGAGGAUGGGUACGGCGAUUCGGAUCUGCGCGAUCGCCAGCACGUCCCACCCGGGUACACCCCGGCCCAUCUGAAGCAGGCCAACCUGAACCAGGGCCACGAGACGGUGGACCAGAAGUUCAAGUACUACCAAAGAUUCGACCGACAGCGACGGCAGGCGGACGAGCCGGACUCGUCGGAUCGGGCGCUCGAGGAGGCGCUGAAGUGCCACGCGACCCGCUGCGCCAUCAUACACUGCGUGGCCGGGCCGAUCGGCAACAAGGACGUGGCGUUCGUGGCGCUGCGCACGCGCGUCGUCGCCCACACGCUCCACCAACUGUCCUCCUCGACGCCGCUGCACUUCUCCACCAUGCUCGUGGCGCGCGUCACCAAGCUGCCGUACAUCGGCCAGCCGAAGGAGAAGCCGAUCAAGACGCACGAGAUCCAGGUGCUGGCCGUGCCGGAGCCGACCGUCAAGCCGGACGUCGUGCCGCUGUGGAUCGUGGUGCUGGCGGCGUGUGCCGGCGCCCUCAUCCUGCUGCUCCUCAUCUACCUACUCUCCAAGUGUGGCUUUUUCGAGCGCAACCGCCCGACCGAUUCGUCCGAGCGGCAGCCUCUGAAUCGGAACGGUAACUAUCACGGCGACGAGCAUCUGUGAACACGGCCAAACCGCAUACAUCCACACAUUCGGAAGCCCCCUAACCCAAAAACCCCUAACCCUGUCAAACAAAAAAGCAAAUGCACAUAUGCGAAAACUCCGCCAAACAUCCGGACCCGCCAAUACUAGCAGAACCGCUUGCAGAAUGCGCGCUUGGUUCCGCGCGAGCCAAACAUUAUUGUGCCAUCCGCCAAAAAAAAAAAAAAAAGGAUAUUUAGAGGAGCGAUUUCCGGACACGCAUACAGCAAGAAACCCCUUUUCACACAACUGUUUUACCCCUUCUGGUCGCUUCUGUUACAGCCUAGGAGCGGCCAAGCAACGGCAGGCGGACGGGCAGCGAUGUAGCAUUACGACAAACAGCAAGCAAGAUAAGCCACACCGACGUGUGAGAAGCGCGAUCUGAGCAAUAUAUAUACACUUAUUCAUAUAUAUAUAUUUACAAAAUAGUAGAUACGAUCGAUGGGACGAACGGUCGGGGAAAUGGCAACAUUUGCCAAGCAACACAUACACACCUACACCGCAUACAACCGUCUGGGCAGAAGGAAGGACACUUUGGACCGGCAUGCCGGAAAUGCCUGGAACCACCACCCCCACAACCCCCAACCCCCGGGGAGUUGUCGAGUUGUUGCGCGAGUGUAUGAUGCGACUAUUGUGCUUUUUUGUUUCGUCG